AUGUCGAAUCGCGUCCAAAACGGCCGUAUCGGCAAACAGACGACUCCGUACAAGAAGCGUUAUCCUGCCCAUGCCGAGCCAUACUUCUUCAAACCUACACCCGAAAACCGCCGUCUGCACUCUUACAACAAGGCGCGUUACGUCUUCAACUUCUCCGAAUGGAAUGGCAAAACCAUCCACGAGCUAGCCUACGAGCAUCGAGACCGCGGCCAAGCCUUCCUACUUUGGAUACUUGGCGAAAAGUUUGAUCUAGCAAGUCGUCCUGACCUUGUCAUCGCCCUGCGCUCCCUUCAUUCUGGCUGGUAUACAGAUUUUCUGUUUCCGUACAUUGCUGAUGGACUCGCUAAGCGAGGGUUCAAAAGGGGGACCAUACGCGGCUCGAAGUACGAGAUCGCCAUGUUUCCCAAGCAUCUCAAUCCCAAUCUACAAGUUUACAUAUCGUCAGAGAAGACACCAUUCGACAACUUUUUCGACAUGGAGUCGCCUCACAAGGCGUCGCAAUGGGCGAAAGAUAAACCGGAAGUAAUUUUCGAUGCAGAGCCCCUUUCUGCGCUGCGACCUGAGGUGACGAACGUGGAACAAGGGGGAAGUUGGGAUACGUACCCGAUACGGGUAUCUUUCUAUGGAGUGCCGAUUCGAAUAGAACGCCUGUUCCUUGAUGACCCAGAGAAGAAGGGCUCCUAUCUCACCAUAGCACCCUGCGGUAUACGUGGAGAUGGGGAAGAGCAGUUUCUGUAUCUCACUAUGAAGCUCGAUGAAAAGGGAAGAACACCGAACGAGAUGCUGGGCAUGCUGGGGCUUCCUUACCACUUCUCCGGCGCUUUACACAGCACAGAAGACGUCGACUUGGAGGACACUCAUUUCGAGAAGGUUGAAGACGAAUUUGCCAUUAGGACUGGCCUUCGUUUUGAGAUGAUGUGCUUUAUCGUUGCAGUUGACGAGGGCAAGAUAUCUGUUAAGCCAGAUUGGAAGAAUCCGCAGUCCUUGAAGGAUGGAUGGAAUCGCGAAACGAUGCACAUGACUCUGCAGGAAGGUGUUGAACCGCCAGUGGUUGGAGAGAAGUACCUGGCCAAGGGCAUUAUUCCGCCACCAUACCGCGGUAGAUGGGCAAAGGGAUUUGAUUGGAAACAUAAUCUGCUGCCGGAUGGAAUUUGGAAGGCUUGUGCGUUUGAUCGCAUCGCCAAGUAA